GAUUCUUUUCGGGCCUCUCUGAAUAUUACAUUUGUGUUUUCCGACCCACAAUAGCUAAAUCCGUAUCAAAUGAUAAUUAAUAAAAAAAUGAUACCUUAGCUUAAAAAAUAUUGAUACCUAUAGAUUCCCCAAAUCUAACACUAGCUUGCGUGCCCUAGCUCACUACGUCGCUCGUCACGGUUCCGUCAGUGCUUUUCCGCCGCCGUCGCGGUUCAAACUUGAAAAGUUUACUCCUUAAAAGGGUUAGAGAUAAAUAAAAUUAGCGAGUUGCCAUCUGCAGUUCAAAAGGUGUGAAAGCAGAUAAGAUGCAGCAUAGAAAUUUGACUUCUGGAAGGCCUUCUGGAACUGAUGGCUCCGAUUACUCCUACCGUAUGGUAGUCGAUUCAAGGUAUCAACUGGUUGCAAAGGGGAAGAAACGCCUGUCUCUCUACUUUAUCACUGAGGCUGUGUUGCUGUUAAUAGGAGUGACACUUACAUAUUUACCAGGAAUAGAAGCAGACGCUCCAAAUACAGUUGCCUAUUCAUCUGUUAUUGUUAGUGUUGUUUCACUAAUAAUUGGGAAUAUAGGUCGAAGACGAAGCCGGUCUGGUUUGUUGAGAUUUUAUGCUGCUGUAUCAUCUAUAGCAAUGCUUCUCUUGAUUGCUUCUCUUGCCCAACAGCAUUUGCUGCUGAAGGCUAUCCAGGAUUCUAAACUUUGGAAAACAGGGAAGUAUGACGUCAAUGAAUUAUCUCAUUUUCAAAUUGGUUUGCUGUUAUACAUGGUAACCUUAUCGGUGCUCAAGCUUUGUACCGUCAAUGCAGUUGUUUCCCUUCUCUUUAACAUGGCGCCACCCAAGAAAACCUCUUAGCUCCUUAUCGGUUUUGGGGUCCAAAUCCAAAUUUCUUUCCUCAUUCAUCUAUUUACAACCCAUUGAUCUAUAUCCAUGACUAUCUUCUAUGAAUGAGAUAUUUUGAGGGAAGCUCAAGAGAGAUUUUACCUACAAAACAUUUUAAAGACAUUUGUUAAUUAUAUAGGUUUUUGUUGUUUUGUGUUUCUUUUGAGUUCUAGUCUAGGGAGGAUCUAUUGAACCGUCACCACAAAAACAAAACGUAGUGUUGAGGAGAUAAUAUUUCACCCUAUUCCGGUAGUGUUCCCUACUAAUUUUGUUAGUUCUUUUUACAAAGCAAAUAUUUUCUAAUGAGAAAUGAGACAAUUCAUUUGCCA